GGAAAUUCAAUCUCUUCCUUCAAGUACAGGAUCAACCAGGCUGUGAUGGAUAUGUGAGCCAGAGAGAUGUCAGCAGCAACAGCCUGGUUGACCAGGCAAGCACCAGAAAAGCGUUGUCCCAGGCUGGGCUGCAGGAGCAGAAGGACUCAAAACUAGUCACCUGUGACCUCCCUGGUCACAGGUGACUAAACUUCCAAAACAGGUGAAUGGUGCGAUGGUAGGGGGUAUUUAUGAGGUGGUGCGGCUGGUGGGUGGACUUCGUGGCAACCACUUCACCACUGCCACCACCUCCACUACACCCAGAGCCAUCACCACUGCUCUUGCUACAAGUGGUGGUGACAUAAUCAUCUUCAGCCAUCGAGAUGGGGAGUCAGCCACUAGAAGGAUACCUUGGACAAGUGAAGAAAACAGGAAGCCUGUUGCUUUAGCCUUUAGCCCUACAGCAGAAUGGCUAGUGGUUGCAAGUGAAGAUGGCACUCUCUUUAUUGUACCUCUGGGAAGUCGGCUAGAUCCUGACAUCUCUCAGGAUCAUCGCUUUAAAACAGAUGAUGUAUUGGUUUUACCUCCUAAUGGUAGUCGUGCACGCCCAACCUCCUUGAUUUGGUGGCAGACACUUGUAGGGGAUGCAUCCCUGGCCAUCAUUGGCACAGAGCUUGGGGAGCUCUCUUUCAUUGAACUUAGUAGUGGAAAGGAAGUGGGUGGAACAUAUAUUACUGUUCCUGUGAAGCAUCUUCACUUGUGUCGUGAUAACUCUCUGGAUACAGUUUACCUACUGAUAACUGGACCCGAAGAUCGACAGUGGCGCUUAGUGCUAGAGCAACGCAGCAGUCAGUAUCUCUUUCCCUUGGAACAUAUCACAGCAGAAUGGCCUGAAGAUGAGAGCCCUGGGUGCUCCUUACAUCGGUCAGGUCCUCCCCCAAGAUCACGACUCCUGGGGCUCAAGCAGCUCUCUGUUGAAAAAUUGCAAAUGCUUAGACAAAGAUUAGUAGAGGCAAAGACUGGCUCAAGACGAAAACCUCUAACUGAAAACAAAGGAGUAGACACAUGUGACAUUGAUGAAAUGUCAGCAACAACUACACCAGAGCAGGCAAUGACCACUUCCACUACUUCCAUUGCUUCGGGAGGAGAGGGUGAAACUGCUCCCCCUGUAGCUACACGACCGGAGAGGCUGUGCAAGUUUAUCCAUGAUGUCUUGGCCACUCCACAGUAUGCCAAAGAACGUUACUUACUGGCUGGCCACUGUAAAUCCAAUUCUACUUUAAUGGUAUACAGCACUGACUUGGAACCAACACCACUCUAUGUGUUCAAAAUUAUUCCAAAUGCUGACAAGGUGGUGCUUCAAGAUGAGAUGAUUUUUUUAUCUGACACUGAAUCUUGUCAGAAGAUCACAAUGGUGUCUACAUUCUUUUCUUCCUCCUCAAAAAUAGAUGGGACAAUAGAUAGCAAAAUCAAUCCAGUUAUACAAGAAAUAGAAUUACCAGAAGACGAAGAAAUUCUCUCUCUCUAUCCAAGUCCUUCUCUGGUGUCACUGGAAGUUAACAAUAGCCCUUCGUGCUCUGGUCGAUCAUCUGUAAUGGGAAGAGCAAGAGGCGAGGAUGAUGAAGAAGACAUAGAAUUGCCAACACAUACAUGGCCUCAUGGGUGCUUAAUACUAACCUCAAAAGCUCUCUAUAUUUGCCAGCCAAGAACAAGUGUGGAAUCUCUCUUCAUGAACCUGGUUCUCAGGGCUGGAGAUAUAGACAGUGCUAACAAACUUGGUGUCAUCUUUUCUCUGGACCCCAAGCUUUUCGAAUUGGCAGCAGAUGUUAAACUACGGUCACGUAAUUUCAGUACUGCCAUUGCACUGUACAAACACUCGAGGUGCCCCCAUGUGAAGUGCUCAAUCAAGUUUGCUGCCCAGGGAUUGGUUACCGAGUUCCUCACUUAUAUGGGUACUCUGACAAGUGGUGUUAGUGGCCCAGAUUUGGGUGUUGAGGAGCGGCGAAAUUUGGCCAAUCUGGCUAUUAUGUGUCAUCUCCAUCACUUGUGUCUGCCAGGGCCUCGCAAGCCUCCUCCUCAACAACAAGCCUUGAGAAAUUUACUGCUUUUUCUCAGGGAUAAUCAGCACUAUGAUGAAGUUUUGUCAUUAACACUUGCUGCAGGUGCUUGGCGUUGGGAGACACUGCAGUAUUUAGCUGCAUCUCGAGGACUUUACCUAGAAAAGCUACAAGUUUUGUUAUCAUCUCGCGCUUCACCAAUUUUAGAUACUUUAAGUCCUGAGCAACUUAGUAGUUCAACCAAUCAAGAUGGUGUUUUACCAAUUGCACGAGAAAGGGAAGCUGGCUAUCUCCAUUGUGUAUCAGAUCCAGAGUUGCGGCAGGUUCUCCUAGUUCGACCAUCAUUAGCUAGGAGGCACAUUGCUUUGGUUCUGAGUCUGCUGACAACAGUGGAAAUCCCUGUACUGCGCCGCAUGGCUGACCUUUACAAUCCUACACAGCCAGCCAUCAGGCCAUUCCUGCAAACAACAAAUGGUAAAAAGCAAGCCUUUCCUCCUCUAUCAUCAAUGGUUCAAAAUUCAUGUCUCCUGCCAUAUGGUAAUGAAGAACUAGUAUCUGUAGAAGCAUUUGUAGAGGUGUUUCUGUCCAUCAUCAUUCAACUAAAUCAAAGAAGAGGGUGGAAGUACAAUCCUGAUCUCCUGACAUACAAAAUGGAAACUCCCAAAGAGACUGUGCCAGUUCCAGUUGAAAAGGUGCGUCGGCAGGUGCUAAGCUGUGGUUACGGUCACACUGCUGUAAUAAUUGGUGGUGCUCUCUAUACUUGGGGUACUCCUGAUUAUGGGGUUCUUGGUCAUGGCCCAAGAGCCACUACUAACCCCAAACUUUUUUCUGGUCUCGUCGUUUCUCUUCCAGAAGAUCAGGAGCCUACUUACAAUGGCAGCAUUCCUCAUGUGAUGGGAGGACCCACUCCUCUUGCUCCACUCAUGAAUGGAAAGGUCUUGUGUUCCUCAAUAUGUGAUGGUUCUGAACCCCGACUAUUAUCGCACUUUAAUCAGAUGCAAGUACUAUGUAUAGCAGGUGGGAAGAACCACAUGCUAGCAUUAACAGACAAUGGGAUUUAUGGCUGGGGUAGCAAUAAAUAUGGUCAAGUUGGCACUGGAGGUACAGGUCGGCAUCCACGCCCUACUUUGCUGACCAGCUUGGAAGGCAAGGGUAUCAUAUCUGUAGCCUGUGGGCAGUUUCAUUCACUAGCUGUGAGUGAAGAUGGAAAGCUGUACACCUGGGGAUGGGGCGUCCAUGGUCAGCUUGGAAAUAACAAUGUGGAGGAUUGCCUAGUUCCAACUAUUGUUGAAAGGCUUGCCAAGAAGCAUAUAGUGUUUGCAGAUGGUGGGUAUGCCCAUAGUGUUGCUAUGGCCUCAAAUGGAAAUGUGUAUGCCUGGGGAUGUGGUACCUAUGGUCAAAUAGGCAAUGGUGGAAUUGUGAAGGUGACAAGGCCAGAGAGAGUUCCAUUGCCCGGGCCAGCAACUCACCUUGCUGCUGGCUAUUUCCAGAAUAUUGCUGUAACCAAAAACCACAAGGUAUACAUGUGGGGCAAUAAUCCUGCAUGUCUACGAGUCCAAGCUCAACUCCAGAGACGGGCAAGGACAACCCAGCAAGCUGCAGAAGGCGUGAAAAAGUGCAGUGGCGAUGAUAGACAGAGUGCCAAAACUAAAAAUGAUAACAGUAAUGAAAGUGUUGAAGAUGACAAAGAGGUAGAUGGAGGUGAAGAAGCAUGUGUAACACUUGAUGAUGAUAAGAAGAGUAUUAUUACAAAUGGUGCUAAUGGUAAUUCUGAGCAAGUAGAUGCUGUUAAUGGCAAUGAACAUCUCUGUGAUGACAUUUCCCUAUGUACAACUUUAGAUGAUAGUGAAGAAACUAUUACAACGUUGCCUGAGGAUGAGGACAGUGACAAGUGUGAUGAUCACAAGUCUUUUGUUAUAUCCCCAGAACCAUCACCAGAAAAAUUCUUGGGAAAUGGAGAGGGGAAGUGUGAUACGAGUGAAGACAUAUCUAAGGAUGUAAGUGAGAACUGUACCAAUUCAUCUAGCACAAGCAACAAUUGUAGCUCAAAUCCUCUUGAAAUAUGCAGUAAGGAGGAUUCUUCUAGCAAAAGUUCAAAAAUUGAAGAAUACUCAGUACCUACCAGUGGAACACGAAAAGUCAGUGCAAACACAGUGCCAUCCUGUGAUCCCAGUGAUCUAGGUCACCUUCUCCCACAGGAGGUAGAGAUGCCCCAUGGCUUUGGUGCUGUGAGAGCAGUAGCUUGUGGAAGUCAGCAUUGUGUACUUCUGACAACACAUGGAGCCUUAUAUGCAUGGGGUCGAAAUAUGUCUGGGCAGCUAGGAACUGGAAAUCGGCGUGAAGUUUUAACUCCCACUCGUAUUCUGGACGAAGCCUACAUUACUGACAUAGCCUGUGGAGCUGAUUUUACCCUUGCUCUUGAAUCUCAGGGACAGCUUUGGGGAUGGGGCUCAAACUAUUAUUCACAGUUGGGGAAGAACAACACCUCAGAAGAUGACAAGGGACAAGCUGGACGUGUAUUCAUGCUGCGAACUACAAAGCGUGUAUUAAAGGUUCCACACAGUGUACACUCUAAUUGUGAAUCUCCAAGAAUAAUAAAUGGGCUCCCUUCUCAACCUGGCUCACCUUCCCAUCAUUUUGGAAUGUCAGCAGGCAACCAGGAAAAACCGAAAGCUGGAGCUCACUGGUGGUUAAGUCAAAUUCGGCUGGAUAUGAUAGACCCCCCUAUGGAUGAAAAAGGAGCAAACAGAGGGGAUGAUGAGGAUGAUGGAGUUUAUGGUGACUGCACCUUACACACUGCAUUGACUUUUCUCCACAGCAGUUAUAAUGUCAAAAACAUCACAAAUAUUCUGCAAGAAGCAGAAGCUCACCAGGCCCUGGCUACACUCUACACCUUGGAGAGACAGUAUAGUCAAGCAAUGCACCACCACCUUUGUGCCCUCUUGACACAGAGUAAUGAGCUCUAUAAGAGAGAGAGUGAUCAAGUACAAGAAGCAAAUGAUGGUGCCAAAGAAACUUCACUAGAAAAGGAUAUAAAGGAUGAAGGUCAUUCUAGUCAAAAUAAACAAAACAGUUCUCCUCCAGAGAAAAGCUUGGUUGCUGAAGCAGUGCGGAUAAUAGAUCACUACUUGAGACUACAGACAGAAGAGUCGCAGACAGGCAUGAGGCACGUUCUCCAGGAGGGUAUCUCUCUUUGGUUGUCGCACGCCCUCCCAUUGGCACAGUUGGAAGACCUCUUGCUCAUGCACCUUCCCCGCACUGUCUACCCUUUGGCACUACUACUCUUUGGUGAUGGUGCACCGAAUGAUAGUGAAGCCACUGAUGACCCGAACAGUGACCCAGCCAUGAAGGUGCUCAGUCAAUUAUCAACUAAGUUUUGCCUCAAUUUGUGUACCUCUGUUAUCAGUCAUCUCCAGGCUGGAGGUGCUGGAGGGGAAUAUGUGGAUGCUUUGGCUCUCAUCAGUGGUAUUCAGCCUGGUGCUGAGCCCAGCCAGGGCAGCAAGUCCACCUCUGCAUUCAAUGAAGAGACCAGUCAGUUGGACAUGGCCCUAGAUGUACUAACAAAAAAGGGUUCAGACAGCAUUAACUUGACACAGGAAGAUAUAGCCAAGCUUCAAAAAGAUGACAGUGCCCAUGGUAAAAAGGCAGAAACAAGAGGCUCUAUAUCUAGUGGUAGCCACAAACCAAAAGGUGGAGGCAAGGUCCCCAAAGAGCAUGAAAAAGAUUGUGUCUUAUUUACUUGUGGACAUCAUUUCACUCAGAAAGAUUUCAAGACACGAGUACUUCCCCAAAUGGAGACAUCGGUGAUGACUGUUCCUGGCUUACUGGGCAACACAGCUAAGGUUCUCCUGGACCAGUAUCACAGUGACCAGCCAGAGAUGGCCUGCCCGCAUUGUGUUUUGGCUCAUCUCACAAUUAAGCUUACAAAGCACAAGCAAGCAAAGUAGUUAAUACUUUCAUAAGUCAUGAUAAUGUGUUUACUUUGAAGAAGCAAGCAAAGUAGUUAAUACUUACACAAGUUACAGUGGUGUGUUUACUUUGAAGGAGGAAUUUGCUGUGUUAAUUACAUUAAUCAGGAACAUUAAAAGAGGGCAGUGAAAGUUAAUGUUUGGUAAUCAUAAACAUUAACCUACAAUAGGGCAGUAAGUGUUGAUAUAUUUUAGAUUAUUUUGAUUGUUGUUGUAAUGAAAAGUAAACAGUGCUGGUUGAUAUGGUUACAUUUAAUUGUGAACUUUACUCUGAUAAAAUGAAAUGGUUAUUGUUGUUUAUUAUUAUUGUAAAACCCUAUUGUGGAAUGGAAAGUAAAAGAAUUUCUACUCUGAAAGCAAUUUGGCAUUAAAUUAAUGACAGUUUAUUAUUGUGAUAAUUACUAUAAUUAAAAAAUUCAUGAUACAAAGCAUUGAUAUCCAUUAAUGACUAAAUUAGGCAGUGAAGCACAAACAAUCAAUGAAUUUUCUAACUAUACAUCAUUAUUAUAUAAUCUAAAUUGAACUUCUCGUAUAUGAGCUGAUGCCUUAGGUAUUCUUGAGUAAAUGUGAUCAUUAAACCUUUGAGGUAGAAUAAAGGUUAUUAGUUUGAAGGUUACUUGCUUUAUAUAUAACUUAUUGAGUAAAUACCUGAAGUCUUACAAAAGGAAAGUGUGGUACGACCUUUACCACGAGACAAAUUUGCUGAUUGUAGUUUUAAUGAAUAACAAGUUUUGUACACUUAUAGAAGAACUGGUUGUUGUGCAGUCUUAAAUGCUGUUUAUUAUCUAACACUAAAUAGGAUUAUUUAAGUUUUUUAAUAUAUAUGUACUAAUGUAAUGCAAAAUACAUUUUUGUGUAGAGAGAUGGAAGGUAUGCUAUUUCAUUUUUUUAAUACUAUCCACAGUGACCAUGUAUGCUACAUAAUUGAGAUUUUAAGGUUCUCUCUACUGCAAAUAAAAGGAUGGGAAAUUUAGUUUUUUGAGAUAGUUGGAUAUUGUAUAUUAAAAUCCAAAUAUCCAUAGAGUGUAAAUUGAGACCAUACAGCAGCAUUUUAUACAGUCAAAGCAAAUAUCUGACUUUUACUGUAUGGCAACUUCUUCUUGUACCAAGGAAGUAGAAUAGAUUACAGUCACUUCUGGGCAGUGAUUAAAUGGUGAAAGCAUCCUUGUAAGUUAUAUUUUCAAAUAGUCGGUGAGGUUUGAUUUGGAGCGAAGCAUUGUAGAGUAUCGGUGCCCUUUUAUAUAUAAUGGUCUUGUUUAUCCACACAAGCUUUAAUGAAAGUGUCUAUGUAAAUGAUUCAGGUGUGAGAGUUGCCAUUGUGUACUUUUAUUGUACUGCACUUUUUAUUUUUUACUAGGACAAUUUAAUGCCAAAUUAGGAAGGAAAAGUGCAUAUGAUAAGUACAAUAUGGCCUUCAUGUGAUAAACAGUCAGUCAGUCAGUAGGUUACCUUUUCCCAUGAAUAUUAUCAUGUGUAUUAUCUCCUGGGUUUGAUUUAACUUAUUCUGACACCUAAAUAGUGCCAGUGUAGUUUAACACAGGGUUAACACACAUGCAUCAUUAUGUUCUCUGUGAUUUUGUACAGCAGUAUGAGUAACAUGUAUUGUUGUUUAUGAAAGAAAAAACUACAAAGAGGCCCAUGGUAUAAUAUGCUUUUGUGAGAAAUAUAAUGAGUGACUUUUUAUAUACUAUAGAUUUAAUGGCCUAAGAUGUAGUUGCAGGAAUUUUGUUAUUGUGCUCAUUAUUAUUGAUAUAUAUAUGCAGAGCCAUUUUUUUUUUUAAAUGUCUAUUACUGUAUUGUUGAACCUAAGUGGAAUUAUCAUCCACUGAUUUGUUUUACUGAUUUUUGUUACUGGUGUAAAUAUGUAAUAAUUAUAUGGAAAGUGCAAUAUCAUUAUCCAGAUUAUCAUUACAUAUUCCAUAGUGAUUGGCAUAGUAAACCAUAUAAUGUAUGUACAUUACUUUAGGUAUUUAAUUUAGUUUCCUGUAAAUUUAAACAUCAGUUCCCUCCUUGAAAAAAUAUUACUUUACAGUAUUAUUUUGUGCUCACAUUUUCUUUCAUUUUUGUCAAUUUCAGUUUGUAUUGUACUUGGACUGUCAGGUGUCUAAUAACAGCAUCUUAAAUAUUCUUAGAUGUUGCAUAUGUAUAUGUGUAUUGAUAUAUAUUUCAGAUUUAUGUAUUUGUGGGAGAAAAUUUUAUAUAUCAACAUGAAUAUUUACCGAUGUAAUAUUACUCAAGGCGCUGAAAAAAAUACUGAAAAAGGAGUACAGUAAUUCUCAAAUUGUUUUACAUAGUCAGAUUCUCGAAUGCAGAAUUGAAGAUACACCCGCAUACAGUACUUAGGAAUUAUUGAUAAAGUUUUUAAUGAAAAUUUGCUUUUGUUAGUCUUCAACUAAUUAGUGAAAGCUCAAAAUAAAUAGCUCUUUACGUCCAUAUUUAUUUACUUCUUUCAUUCAUUUCUUUGUUUUGCAAGAAUCUCAGCAGUAUUCAAGGCUAGUUAUUUAUUUGAUCAGUGGCUUAUAAGCAAAGUAGCUUUGCCUUGACAACCAGAAAGUUGACCAUUUGAGUGUUUACUCGGUGAGUGCUUGGUGUUUACUUGCUGCGACCAUUUGCUUGCCUGUUGGAAUUGUCAGUCUUAUUUUUCACAAAGGCUAUUAGCCAAAUAAACUGAAUCUGUCAAAGUUAAAAGAAAUACAAGGUAACUUGUGGAACAGAUGGAGUUCACACCUAUGGUAAGCCAGACCUGAAACUAGCAGGCUAAUGAACUCUGGUUCCCUAGUUUCAGGACCAGUUUGCCAUGGGUUCAAACCCCAUUCAUUCUGAAUGUUGUUUACAAAUGCCUUGGUGGAGACAAUGACAGUAUACUACCAGUUGGUAUUUUUAUGAUUUCACGAAUCAAUAGAUUACAGUUUUUUUUUUUUUACCAUUAGCCAUUUCUCAUGAAGGUAUAAACUCAAAAUUUGAAAAUACGUUCAUGUUAACUUACUCCCUAGCUGCCUUUCUAGGAGAGUAUAAAUAUUAUUGUCGAAUGUUGACCCACUGAACUGCAACAUGUUAACUGACUCUAAAAUUGUGUGCACUGAACUUCCUAUCUCAAACUCAUGUCUGGCUUACCAGCUUUCCUGAAUCCAUUUUUUUUUUUUAAUUCAACAGCCAUUUUUCCCCAAGGCAUGGUGACCCCAAGAAGAAAACACAUUUAUUAUCAUUCAGUCAAUUGCUGUCUUUCCAGAAAUGUGCCAACAUCACACUCAGAUUACCCUCGGAUUGCAACAUCCCUACUUGUCUUUCAGAGUGCAGGCACUGCCCUUUCCACCUCCAGGACUCGAGUCUGGCUAACUGAUUUACCCUGUAUUCUUUCAUAAAAGUUACUAUACACUCCAACAGCACAUCCAUUAAGUCACUUUUCUCCAUUCACUAUCCCUGGUAUUGUAGAUAUUUCUAUGGUUACACUUCAACAGCACAUCAAAGAUCACAUGUCUGCAUUAAGGCAGAUGUAACAAACUCUUAUAUGCCUAGUGAGUUUUGAAAGCCCGUCUUUCAUCCUAGAUUUAUACACCCUCUUAACCUCCCUCCCUCUCUCCCUUAUACAUGACUGUACCAUAUACCUCAAAAAUUACAAUGUUUAUAGACAUGAGAGAAUAAAUAAGUCCCAGGGAGUAGUACUCAUUGUUGUGCAAAACUAUUGAAUUCAUCAAAUGAUAUAAUAGAAGUUCUAGGUAUUAAAGUGGAAAACAAGAAUCUUGGUAAAUCCUUGUACGUAUAUACAGUACACCAUUACCAGCAACAGCAAAAGAAUUCAUAGAAUAUAUAAGAAAAGUAGAUAGUUACCUUGAAAAUAUUGAGAGUCUUGUUUGAAAUAUCUUCAGAAAUUUCAACCUCCCAAAUGUGUAAUAGAAGAUGGUAGAGAGUCAUACUAAAAAUAGUCCCUAAAAAUGUGUUAGCCCAACAGACACAGAUCAGAGAGCUAACGGGAUUCUGAAAAAUUUAUUUGAACAAGUAAAACCAAGUAUAAAUUUAGGCAUGAAAAACUUCAGCAACAGUCUGUGAGAAGGAAUAUUCAGUAAAUUUUACUUCAGUUAUCUGAAAACUGACUGAAGCAAAAAAAAAACAAAGUACGUACUAUCAAGCAUUUCCUGGGAAAUAAUUCUGUGUACUGUGCUAUAAAACCCAUACCAGUGUAUGGAAGCAUACAGAGUCUAUGUAAUGUGAUUCACUAAAAAAGCCUACUAGGAGAUCCAGUAAAGAAACAGGAUGUAGAAGGUACAGAAUGUGAAUAAAUUGCCUAAAUGAUGUCAGAACAAAGGAGAGAUGAUCUAAACCAAGAGAUUACUGAUAUAGAGCAGAAACUUAAACAUUUAUACUAGACAGAAAAGAGACUAAUGGAGCAAAAAGCUGUCCUGAGAAUUGCAAAAAAAAAAAAAAAAAUAUUUCUAAACAUAUAAAAUCAAAAGUCAAGAAACACCUGUGGAAUUGGCCCAUUAAUUGCAAGAAGCUCAUAUACUGAUAACUGAAGAGAAAUUAGUGAAAUCUUAGGAGACCAGUAUGAAGCAAUGUUCAGCAGUCUACUAAUAAGAAACCGAGUGGCUACAGAAAGCUUAUCUAUUACCUCUGACUGCCCUACAAAUUAUGCGGCAUAAAAAAAAAAACCAUACCACAGGCGGGGAUAGAACCCGCAAUCAGAGACAUAAACACUAAUUCCAUAGAAACAGAAAAGGAGAACUGGCAAAACAUUACGGUCUAAUAGCACUAACAUCACUCAUAAAAUUCUUUGAAAGGGUGAUGUGCCAAAUUACAAACUUGAUGAGAAGAGUGACCUGCAUAACCCAAACCAACAUGGCUGUUGAGUGGGAAGAUCAUGCUUAUCACAAAUAGAAAACCAUUAUGACAAAAUUAUGGUGGCUUAAGAAGAGAACCAUAAUGUAGAUGUGGUCUACGUGGAUUUUGCGAAGGCAGUUGACAAACAUGAUCGUGGAGUGAUAGUACUGAGUGAUAGCAUGUAAAAUCAGCUCACUAAGUAUAACUGCAACAAUAGCUAAUGGAUAUUUAUUUUUUUUACUACAGAACACAAACAAUAGUAGGAAAUAAAGCAAAAUGUAAUUCUUAGCAGAGUUAAAAGCUCCAUACCCCAAGGCAUUAUUUUAGUGCCUUUACCGUUUCUUGUCCACAUAUCAAACAUACCAAAAAUAAAAACACUAGACAGUGCUUCAUAUUUGCCAAUAUUACAAAAAUAAGCAUGAGUCACUUCGGUAAGCAGUCUUUCCGUGGACAAUAUAAAAUAACAUUGUGUUCAGUAGUAACACAUUUCAGCUGCACUGAUAUGGAAAGAAUGAAGGACUCAAAAAUUGCCCUCAUAGAACAUUUAAACUGCUGAGAAUACCUCAAAGUACUACUGAAUAUGCAUUCUGGAUGAGAGAAGAGAGAGAGAGAGAUACAUGAUAUGUACAUGGAAGAUACAAGAA